AUGACGAAUCCUAACGCUGGAGUGUGUGACAUCAAAAAAGAGUUUAUUGUACAGAAGCAAGAUAAAAUUAAUAAAUCUGAGUCAGAUGAUGCAUCAAAUAAACGUAAAAUAAAUGACUCUAUUGAAAAUGAUCCUAAAAAAGCUAAACAUGAUGAUAAUAAUGAUGUGUCUAAUAGCAAAGCUAACAUAAAACGGAGAGGCCAAAACAAAGCUAGGCCAAAGACCUACCAUGAUGAUAAGCAAAAUAAACCAUGCCCUAGUAUUGUAAAUAUAAGCUUAAAAGAUGAUAAACAACAAUGUCAAUAUACAAAUUGUAAAUAUAUUCAUGAUCCAGUAGAGUACUUAAAAUUUAAACCAAGCGACAUUAGUAAAAAUUGUCAUUUAUUCAAUAUUCGAGGUAGGUGUCCAAGGGGAAUAGCGUGUCGAUUUGGUUCUAGUCAUAUUACAGAAGAUGGUCGUAAUAUUGUUGAUGAAAUUAAAGUUGCAGCUUGGAAAGAUGACACUAAGAAUACUUUACAACAUUGCUUACAAAUACAAUUGCAAAAACGAAAGUAUAAUUUUUCCAUUGCUGAAAAGCUAGUAAAAUCUUUAGACUCAAGAAACAAACAGGACAAAAAGAAUUUAGAGAAAGAAUCAAAUGAUGAUGAUGUUACGAAUAAUGAAACAAUAAACAAAAUUGGAGCUGUUACUGAUGAAGAUUUAAUCAAAUUGUUACCCCAAGAAAAAAAGAGAAUUAAUUGGAAGGACAAAUUAUAUCUUAGUCCUCUUACAACAGUUGGAAAUUUACCUUUUAGAAGAAUUUGUAAAGAGUAUGGUGCAGAUAUAACUUGUGGUGAGAUGGCUUUAUGUGAAUCAUUACUUAAAGGUAUGAAACAAGAAUGGGCACUAGUAAAAAGGCAUGAAUCAGAAGAUUUAUUUGGGGCUCAAAUAUGUGGAAAUAAUGCAUAUGCAAUAACAAAAGUUGCCCAACUUUUGCAAGAAAACACAGACUUAGAUUUCAUUGAUUUAAAUCUUGGAUGUCCAAUAGAUUUAAUCUAUAAAAAAGGUGGUGGAAGUGGUAUGAUGCACAGGAUGCCUGCUUUAGAAACAUCAGUACGAAGUGCCUCUACAAUAUUAAAUAUACCUUUUACUGUUAAAAUGAGGACUGGAAUUUAUCAAGAUAAAAAGAUUGCUCACACUAUUGUUCCUAAGGUAGUUGAUUGGGGUGCAUCACUUAUAACUUUGCAUGGUAGAUCUAGGGAAGCCAGAUAUACAAAAUCAGCCGACUGGGAGUAUAUUGAAUCCUGUGCACAAGCAGCUGGGUCAUGCCCUGUUUUUGGUAAUGGGGAUAUUUUAUCUUAUGAAGAUUACAUGUUUAAAAGGCAAUUGGCUCCUACAGUGCAAGGAGUAAUGAUUGGCAGAGGAGCAUUAAUAAAACCGUGGAUAUUUACUGAAAUAAAAGAGCAGAAAUUAUGGGAUAUUAGCAGUAACGAAAGAUUUGAUAUAAUAAAAAAGUUUACUAAUUUUGGCUUGGAACACUGGGGAUCAGACACACAAGGAGUAGAAAACACUAGGCGAUUUUUACUAGAGUGGCUUUCAUUUCUAUAUCGUUAUAUACCAGUUGGGUUGCUGGAAAGACCUCCACAAAAAAUAAAUGAAAGGCCUCCAUUAUAUUUUGGUAGAAAUGAUUUAGAAACCUUGAUGGCAUCUGGGAACUGUGCCGACUGGAUAAAAAUAAGUGAAAUGGUGCUAGGUCCAGUACCAGAAGAAUUUAAAUUUUUGCCUAAACACAAAGCUAAUUCAUAC